UUUACGUAAAAUAAUUUAACUGAAUAAUCAUGUCUACAAAAAUCCCUCGUGAUGCCCAAGUAAUUCAAGCUAUACUAAAGGAUAUGGGCAUCAUUGAAUACGAACCUCGCGUGAUCAAUCAACUGUUAGAAUUCAUAUACCGGUAUGUAACUACUGUUCUUGAUGAUGCUAAGGCAUACGCAAACCAUGCCAAGAAAAAGGGCAUAGAUUUGGAUGAUGUCAAACUUGCUGUCUCAAUGCAAAUGGAGCAAUCAUUCACCUCACCACCACCACGUGAAAUUCUCAUGGAAGUUGCAAGGUCAAAAAAUAGCAUACCUUUACCCUCUGUCAAACCCCAUUGUGGCAUUCGUCUGCCACCUGACUGCCAUUGCCUUGCUGCAUGCAACUAUAAGUUAAAGACGAUUAAGAAAACAUUACCAAAAUCAUCCAUGGCUCUCAGUGGAUCAACUCCGGGGUCGCGAAUGGGAAUGCUUGGUGCUGGAAGAGCUGUGCAUCGACCAAGUUCACCUGCCGUUCGCGUUACUACUAUUAAUGCAGGAACCCCAAGUACUCCUCGUCCUUUGGUGAAGAUUAACACCGGUUCUACAAGUACUCCUGCCAAUGUUCCCAAGAUUCAGAUCGCCUUUCCGGCGCAGCCCAAUCAGCCAGCAGAGAAAAUGGAUAUGGAUGCUCGUGGAGUAAAACGUGAAAGAGAAGAUGAUGAUUACGACGCUGCGUAGAAAUUCUGUUAUUCGUCUGGUUUCACAUUUCAAUGAAAUUCUUCUAAGCGUGGUUUAUGAUAAGACUAAUAAAUAAGUUAACAUCAUAA